AUGAGCCUCGACAAGCCGAUAAUGCUAUACGCGUCAGCUAACACGCCCAAGACGAACCCCAGCGCUGGGGAGAAGCGCAAGCGCAAGGAGGCGGGCGAGGAGCCGGACGAGCGGCUAUAUGUGCGGCAGUGGGAGGGUCUCGGCAAUGAGGUCCAAGACCAGAUCUACGACCGUUUGGAGGACCCUGCCAACGCCCACCUCAAGACUGCGAGCGGACGAGAGGCCAAUGAGUGGAUGCUGGAGCAGGAGUUCGAGAUCGAUGGUAUGCUCUUUACCAUCGCCGCUUGUCCCGACUUUCUCGGCUUCAAGUGCCAGUCGGCAAAGUGGAAGAAGGCGAUGGAGGAGGAGACGAAUGCCUUCCGCCCAUGGGCGAAAGGGCCGUCCUCGUCGUCGGCUCCCUCCACGACUGCGGGUCCCAGUGAGCGCCCGCCUCCUGCGAAUCAGGUGAGCGAGUACCCUCGUAUCUCGCUCGCCAUCGUUGGCACUCGAAACCCAGCUGCGGCACUCCCGCCAUCCGUCAUGGAGCGCCGCUCCGUCGGGUACAUCGAGGAGGCAACCGCCAUCACCAUCGUCAACGGCCGCGACUUGCUCACCUUGGGAAGCUCCUCCAUGGUUCGCCUCGAGGCGGCGAAGAUCGCCGGAAUUUGGUUUGACGCACGCCACAUCAAGCUGAUCCACGGCAUCCUCUCAACUUCCGAGACUGGCCCCAAGACCGGCUUCGAACUGGCCAGUCUCGUUACUGUGCCGGUGAAGCCCGACCUGUACGACGCGCUUCUGGGCGACCUCCGUGACCGGGAGAUUCCCGAGAUCGCGGCCGACCAGUCCCCACGUCUUCCGGCGUGGGAGGACCACUGGGCGACGUUCUCCCUCGAUCGGCUCCCCCUCCUCUCCAUGGCAGGCCCCCUUCGUCAUGAGGAGUACGAGGCCUUUGGCCAGUUCUCCGGCGAUGCCAAGGCCGCCCUCGUCGAGGAGGUUAAGCUCUGCCUGGAGGAAGACAAGGCUGCCAUCCUCGCCACCGGCUGCGAGUGGGGCGGCGAAUGCACAUACGGCUGUGACAAAGACCUGCGGCCUGAAGCCGGCUUCCGGGACCCCUACGCGUCUCGCCGAAAUGAGGUCCGCAUGCUCUGUGUCAUGCACUGGCAGGUUGCCUGGGCCGCGUUCCACCUCUGCCACUUCCCAGAGGCGGACUUUCGCCUAUACGACGGCGUGAUCAUCCAGAUCGCGUCCUACACAAAGCCCUGCGAGGGGUUGGCGUGCUCCAACACGGACCCGCCCUUUUACCGGGCCCGACCGUCGGCGUCGUGUGGAGACCACCUGCUCAACGGCAAGGCCCAGCUGUGCAACCCACAAGGCGGCCCAACCUGCAAGCCCUGCGCCAACCGAUACCCCGACCUGCUCAGCACAAAGGGUAUCUUCGACGCCUACAUUGGCGUCACGGCCAAGUUCCAACACAAGGAACUGGCAGUCAGGGCGGCCGCUGUUGCCGCCUCGUCGGACCCCACGAAGGACAAUGGUCAAGAUGUGCAGGACAAGUUCAUAGCACUGGGCGGCGAGUUUGCGCCACCAGCUGUCAUCGCGUUGAACGUGAUGGCAGACUGCAUCAACUUCGAGGGCCGGGGAAGGUACCUCACCCGUGCGAUCGCCCGUCUGCGCACUCAGCGCACACUGAACUGGCUCUUUGAACUGGAGGCAGUACCUGACCCGUUGGAAGCCUACUGA